UCGGUUCUUAAUUAUCCAUGGAGCAAAAGCUGGCAGAGUUCAGAGCCAGACGACAGGCUGAAAAAGCUGCUCAGAAGAGUGAGACUACUGGUUCACAAUCCAGAGGGGAGACAGCAGCAGACACCGCUGCUCAGUGUGAUAAAACACCCACAGCUGACAGUCUGCAGCCUGAAGACAGGGCACGAAACAACCAGACUGCGACCGACGGCUCUCAAAGCAGCGAUCGUGGAGACUGGCUGCUGGAUAGCGCUCUGGGAAAGUGGCUGGCUUCCCGACAGUUUGUCAUUUCUAACAUCACUUUACUAAAAGUGCUGCUAUGGCUGGUUCUGCUGGGUCUGUUUGCCGAACUGGAGUUUGGUCUCCCCUUUUUUGUCAUCUCUCUUUUCUACUGGCUCUAUGAAGGACUCCGGAGCCCAGCGCCGCGCAAGCCUGGUGAACUGAGUGCUUAUUCAGUGUUCAAUCCAGACUGUCAACCUCUGCUGGGUGCUCUAACCGCAGAGCAGCUAGAGGGAGAGAUGGGCUACAGACCUCUGGCAAACAGAUGACUUGCCUGUGAUAUGCACAUUGACAUCAAAUAUUUAAAUUUUCAUCUGAAAAAUGUUAACUUUUCUCCCAUUUUUUUAGUUGCUGCUUCUGUAUGCCACAUUAAAAUGUAACUGGUCAGCCAAAAGUUUUAUUUCUGUUUCUACUGUAAACUAUUUUGAUAGUGUACAUCAGUCAUAUAUAAUGGCUAAAUCAUGAUGGUGGGUUGGCAUGUCUGUAAUACAAGUUUUUUUUUUCAUUUAAACAUGGAUGUACUCCUAAUUCUCUGAUCAAUGUGAGUUUAUUUGAAAAUACAGAAGCCAUAUUGAGGAUUAAAGAAAAAAAAAAAACGGCCUCUACUGAGUCAAAUGAACUGAUUUUAAUUUAACUCAGUAAAUGGCUAUUUUAUUUUAUUUUAGGUUUACAUCUUAAUUUCUUAACUUUACAUCUUUGUGUUUUUUCUUUAGCUACUAGAGUAGCUCAAAAUAAUCUGUUGUAUUCUAGGCCUUUAAGCGACCUUACUGCUGAUUGGUUGCUCCUGUCAAACAGAUGAUUGAAAAAGCAUGUGGGCACUCACUAGAGAUGACCAAGUAUGUGGUCUUAUUGAUAUCACACAGGGUCAAGUGUACAACAAGUGCUGAAACCCUGCAUUUAAAGCAGCAGCUUUUGGUUCUCAAUGAUUAUUUGUGCAGACACAUGAACAUCCACUACUGUAAUGCUGCAUAUGACAGAAAAUUAGAAGGAGGGAAAAAAAGUACAGAUGUCCGAUAACAAAUUGUGUUUGCGAUUCACGAAGUGGAGUUCUAAAAUGCAAAACACAGCUUUCUCACUGAAAACAGAAUUACGGUCAAGAAAACUGAAUGUUAAAUAAAAUUUAAACAAAAAA